GAGAGAGAGAGAGAGUAUGCGUGUGUGUGUGUGUGUGUGUGUGUGUGUGUAUGUGUGUGUGUGUGUGUGUGUGAGAGAGAGAGGGAGAGAUCCAUGCGCCUCCUGGAUUGACACUUAUAGGUGUGCAGAAGAAAUAACACCGGCAAACAGAAUAGGACAAAAAGUCACCGCGGACUCGCAAAACAAUUUCUUUUUAUUAUUUUAUUUUAUAAUUUAUUCAGAGGAAUUACUGUGACUUUCCCCUAGCUCUGUACACCGUGUGUAAGUGAUUGGAAAUGGCACCGUCUCUCUCACAAGCCUACAGAAGGCGCUGGUGGAUGGCCUUGACGGCUAUAAUUGAGAACCUGCUCUUCUCUGCUGUGUUGCUAGGCUGGGGUUCACUCCUAAUCAUGCUCAAGACUGAGGGUUUCUAUUCACAUUUGUGCAUAGAAAAUGAGACUGAGCAUCAUGUUAACAGAAGCUUGGAGGAGGGCUCUGUGUGGCUGAGCUGUGUUGAGCAAGAGGAGAUCCUGAAUCUUGGCUUUACGAUCGGCUCUUUUAUCAUCAGCGCAGCCACUCUGCCACUGGGAAUCCUGAUGGACAAGUAUGGGCCACGCCCUCUACGGCUGCUGGGAAGUUCCUGUUUUGCAUUCUCAAUGAUCUUGAUUGCUGUGGCAGGAUAUGAUCCUUCAAUAUUAUCACCUCUCAUCUUUAUUGCUGUCUCUUUCAAUGGCUUUGGAGGAAUAUGUCUGACCUUUACUUCAUUAACGCUCCCCAACAUGUUUGGAAAUGUGCGUUCCACCAUUCUUUCACUCAUGAUCGGUUCUUAUGCUUCCUCUGCGGUUACCUUCCCAGGAGUCAAGUUAAUCUAUGAUCUGGGGGUGUCAUUCCGCUUGAUCUUCUGGGUGUGGGCAAGCUUGGCUUGUCUUGUCUUCCUCAACUGCUUUCUUAAUUGGCCUGUGGAGCCUUUCCCCCCCCCUGAGGAGAUCAGCUACACUAAAAAAGUAAAGCUGAGUGGUGUAGCAAUGGAUCAUAAAGUGACAGGGGAUCGCUGCUAUAGUCAUGUAACCACUGUAGCGCGGGAAAUUACUAAAAAACAGGUUUUGGAUGAGUAUAAACAAAGCAAUGGAGCAGCUGAACAGUGCCAGGGUACCCAGCCAUUUCGCCGCUCUGUGUGUUCUGCCAUCUUCUUGUGGAGUUUGAUCACCAUGGCGAUCACCCAGCUCCGCAUCAUAUUUUAUAUGGGAGCCAUGAAUAAGAUGCUGGAGUUCCUGGUUACACAUGGUGACCCCAAUGCUCCAGAAGAGUUGGUGAAAGAAGCAGAAGAGCAAGUGAGCCUCUACUCAUCUAUCUUCGGCACUAUGCAGCUGCUGUGUCUCCUGACCUCCCCUCUUAUUGGGUACAUCAUGGACUGGAAGAUGAAAGAGUGCGAGGAGGACAGUAGUUUGGUGGAUGGAGAGAACAGGCCACCCAAGAGAGACAGAAAGAUCCAGAAACUCACCAAUGCAAUCACAGCUUUUAUCUUCACUAAUCUCUUGCUGGUGUUGUUUGGCACCACAUGCUUGAUAGACAACCUUCCUCUCCAGUUGAUGUCCUUUGUUCUUCAUACUGUUGUAAGAGGUUUCAUUCACUCUUGCUGUGGAGGACUCUAUGCUGCUGUGUACCCAUGUAACCACUUUGGCACUCUGACGGGCCUGCAAUCUUUAAUAAGCGCUCUGUUUGCGCUCCUCCAGCAGCCACUGUUUGUCUUCAUGUUGGGUCCACUUAGGGGAGAUCCUUACUGGAUCAACUUUGGGCUGCUUAUUUUCUCAGUGCUUGGCUUUCUGUUGCCAGGAUACCUGUUCUACCAUCGCAGACAACUCAUUAAACAGAAGAAGGUACGGGAUCAGGCAACAACUGACCAGUCAGAAGUUGUUUGUAACCAAUCAGCAAAAGGCCUUGAGAAACUCUACAGUGAUGGGCUUGAUACAGACAAGAUUUAAGAAGGAGCGAUAUAGAAAACGAAUUUGUGACAAAGGCAAUUGCAUUCUUGCUUUUCUGAACAACAAACUUGAAUACAAACAACCAAAGAUUUACACCAUGGACAUUUUAAGGGGACAUUUAGGGAAAUUUAUAUUCAGCCGUAUGGUGGGAUUAAAAAAGGGAGCAAUUACAAAAAGGUCCACAUUUUCAAAUCGCACAAUUUGUAAAUUCUAUGGAUGCAACUUUUAGGUCUUAUGACCAAGCCAGCAGGAUUGUUUUUAAUAAAUAAAUAAAAUAGACCUCAUUUACCAAGCUGAAUAGAAACAAAGGUAUUUGCAAACCAAUCGUAGCAGAAGUUGCACAAAAUGUGGUAUUAAUGAAAAAUUAUUUAUUCGGAAAAACAUUUGAAACUCGGAUAAUUGUUGUGCAGUACUGAUACACAGAUUAUUCUGACAAGUUUCAAUGGCUUAUCUAGCAUAAAUGUAGUGAAACCUUACACUGAGCAAUCUAGAACAAAUCCACAAAUUAAAAUACAUAAGACUAAAAAAAGAAAUGGCACCCAAUAACAGGAGGAAGAGUUAGUCUCUGUCCAUGGUAACCGACGCAAUGCAGUAGCUGAGCUGCAUUACUGGAGCCACACAAUGCUUAGAAGACACUCUUUCACCGUUUAGUUGCCAUUUUGUCAGUUUCAGCUCUCUGAUAGCUUUGCUUUUUAUGGUGUUCUGUGAUGUGGGCAUCACUAAACUUAAAUCUGUGCUAUGAAUGUGCUUGGUGAUUUAUAGGCGUAUAUGAAGAAACGUUACCGAAACCAAACCUGGCGGGAAUUUAGGUUUCACUUACAAAAACAUAUUAAUGACUGAUGAAUGUAAUGCACUUUGCAAUAAAUCAUCACAUUAUACUGACUGGCUGAUAUCACCAUAAGCUACCUCCAGUUAGAGGUAAACCAUUACUCAGUUAAACCAUUACGUCUAAGUCUGUUGCUACUGAAUGUGUCUGUUUAGAGCACUUUUUAAUAGUAUUGUUCUGUUAGUCACUGCAGUUUGUACUGAGUAGAAGAAAGAAUGUAUGCUUGCUUAUUAUACUUAGUUUGUUUUAAUGCGUGUUUGUGUUUGGAAGUCAGUGCUUCUGUUAUGAGGAUAUGAGUUCAAACCACAGCACUGUUACGGUUGGCUCCUUGAGUAAGAUCUUUAAUAAAAAACUGCACAAUUGUAUCCUGUUACAACUGUAAGUGUCUUUGGAAAAAAUCCUCAGCCGUAUGAGUAAAAACACAUAAAUUUAUGGUUGCCAAAUUAUUUGCUAACUGCGCUUUGAACUUGUACACCAUUACUUUGUACUUGAAGUGUGUGAUUAUAUUUUCAUUUCAGUGUUAUAGAGCUAUAUACAAAUUGUUUUAACAAAUGUCAGCCUACUUUAGAUGCAGAAAUGCGGAAUCAAUCUAAUGAUAUUGGGAGAAUAUGAUAAGCUAGUCCUAUUUACUGACAAAUUAAUGUUUUGGUGGACUUCCACCUGAAAGUUUGAUGAGUUGCACUUCUGCUAUCAGGGAUGUAUUUGUCUGUGAACUUGCUUUUUAUGUAUUAACCUUUCUUUCAACAAAUGUCAAACAACAGUCCGGACCUUCAGUAAGAAGGUUACAGGGUUAUACAGUGCUGUGAAAAAGUAUUAAACAAAUUUAUAUAUA